AUGUCUCGAAGCCAGGAUCCGACGACAUUCGACGAGGUCUCGACAGGCGCAUUGCGUUCCAGCUCAGCCACCGGUGCACUGAUAGCCCGGAUGGAGAGUAUCAUGGAGUCCAUCAUUGAUGAUUUAUCCGAUAGGAAGGAGGUCAGCAUUGCCAUGGUUUCCCCGAGAAAUCUGCAACAAGGCAACCGCUCCGAGAUUCAACAUAGCCAUACGCCUUACUCCGGCCUCACAUCCCUUUUAGCCCGCCUUCUUCUCAUUCUCCAGCUUUCGCACGAUGCUCUCGUAUCCGGCACGAUUCUCACCAAACGUCAUAUCUUCUACCAGCAUCAGGAGCUCUUUGAGAAGCAGCGAGUGGUUGAUAACCUCGUGGAUGGCCUAGCCCUGACGUUGGGUGUGAAUCGCCACCAGUUGAACAUUGUUGCUACAGCAAAGGGUCUGGUGUUUGGUCCCAUCUGUAUCCAUCUCCACGAUGGCACGGAGGUUGAUGCAUCCCUGGGAGAUACGGGAACUCCAAUACCGCUCGUACGAUCGAUAUCUACCGUUGAGUGCCCAUCGACCCGAUGGAUCUUGGUGAUGGAAAAAGACGCAACCUUCCGCGCGUUGCUCUCGACCCAAUUCUGGCAGACGUCCAUUUGCGGUCCGGGAUUGCUUGUUACGGCAAAGGGGUACCCGGACUUGAUUACACAGUCCUUCCUCCGCUUCCUCCAUGAGCAGCAUCCUCAAAUCCCGAUGUUUGUUCUGGCCGAUUUUGACCCAGACGGACUCAACAUCUUCCGAUGCUAUCGAUUCGGUUCUGGGGCAUUGUUACCCGGCGAACCUGCAACCUACAAUCCAGGCAUCCGCUGGUUGGGCGUCAAGGCACAUCACAUGCACGCGGGGAUGGACAUCAUCGGACCGACCCGUUUCACGCAUCAUUCCAUGAGCACCAAUCCUUCCUCAAGAACUUCCGUGUCGUCUACGAGUUGUCGGGACCCCGUCGGAUACCUUAGUCAUAGGGACCGUACCUUUGCCAAGGGUACAUUGAACCGCAUCGAUGAACUGGUCUCGGUGGACGACGAGUUGGCCACUCUCAAGAGUGAGCUGCAAGUGAUGCUGAUGAUGGGUGUAAAGGCUGAGAUUCAAUGGCUUGACGAUGCCGGUAAUCUGUUUGAAUGGUUGAACGAGCACUUGGGGGCCGUACUAUCAGCUAACGUGGAGGGAAUCGCUGGUUACUAG